AUGGCACCAAACAAACCAUGGGAUUCCGCCGAACACGCCCAAGAACACGAGGAACUUCUGGAGACAUUGGAGAAGUACCACGAGAAGCGCGGCACUGUCCUGGAGCGCGAACCCAGGGUCGGCAACAAGAACAUCGACCUCUUGCGCCUGUGGAAGCGCGUCAACGAAGAGGGCGGAUACGACAAGGUCUCCGACACCAAGAACAACAAGCUCGCCUGGAGAAGGAUCGCGGCUGAAUUCCUGCCCAACGGCCCCAGUCUCACCACACAAGCAUUCCUGAUCAAGUCAAUCUACUACCGGAAUCUGGCGGCAUACGAGAUAUCCACAGUCCACAAUCGCGAACCGCCGCCCAAAGAGAUCCUCGAGGACGUGUCUGCAAAGGGCGGCGACCUGCUCAACCGGACCGUCGAGAACUUCUUCCCACAGGGCAGUCGCGAAGCAGAGCGCCUGCGCAACGGCGAGGAAGACUCCGAGGACGAGGACGAAGAAGGCGACGUCAAGAGGACGCCAAGAGACGACAAGAUGGACGUCGACGAGCCCGGUAGCCUUGGGCGCUCAACGAGAUCACUUCGUCAUGCGCCUCCCCAGCGCGUGCUCUUCCAGCCCGAAGUCUCGACCCGCCAGACGCGCCAAUCCGCCGGCCACAGCUCACCUCAGGUCAACGGCUAUGGUACCAGCGCAGCGGCCACAACCAUUGCGAAUUAUGAGCCGCGCUCGGCACUCCCGGCCACGAUGAAGCAGGUCGUGACCCCCUCGAACCAGCUCGACAGUUACGUGCAAUCGCGCAAGAAGUACAUUCUCAACAGACGGAACAGGCCCGUACCACCCAAGGGCAUGAUGCUGCCCGGCACAGGCUUUCCUGGUCCCAACAUCUACAUCCGCGCCCUGCACGCACUGCGGUCGAAGCAGCCAGAGGAGGAGGCCUAUGCGCUUCACCACCUGGUCAAGAUCUCCCACGAGCGAGGCGACAAGUACCGCUUUGACCAGUUCCCUGGGCUUGCUGAAGCGCUCAUCGGGAAGGUCAUCGACGUUGGCUCAUUGUUCUACGAUGUGGCAUGGGACAUUUCGUACUCCGAAGACGAGUUCGACAAGCCCGAGGUCCUCAAUGGCCUUUCUGGCACCAGCGACCUGCUGAAGCGUAUUCAGUCACUCCAGACGCUCGAUGUGCAUGAUGAGCUGCUCCCGGAAGAGACGGCGAAGGCUCUGAACAUGAUCAAUGAGGCGGCCUUGAUCCUCCGCAACAUGGUGAUGCUCAAAGAGAACGCCCUGUUUGCUUCCAUGAUUCCCUCAAUACGGGAUAUGCUGGUCAUCAUUCUUACUCUGCCAAAGCACCCAACGAUUGUCGAGCUGCAACACUAUGCGCUUGAAAUCUCAGAACAACUGACCAAAUACUGGGAGCUGGGCGCACAAGAUCCUCUGUAUCGCUCGUUGCUGGCACAAGUGAACUCUGACGACCGCGGCAGAAUCAUAACGUCAUUGCGCGCAUUGGCGCGCAUAGCCAUGAACCUCGACUCCACGAAUAAGCUCUCGGACGUUCCAGUGAAGACCUUGCAGUCAAUUUGCGACUGGCUGUUAGUGGAGGAUGAAGACCUGCGCAUAGCUUGCCUGGACUUCUUGUAUCUUUUCACCGGCUUCUCGGAUAACGUAGAAACUCUAGCUCAUGAGGUCGAUAUUGAGAGCGUGGUCAACCAGCUCGUUCGCAUGCUUCAGUACGGUGCAAUUGCCUACGAGGAGCGCCGGAGCGCAUCAAAGCCGUCCAAGUCUGUGCCGUCGUCAGAUAGUGCGCCAAAGCUAUCUUCAGCCAUUAUCGAGCAUCUGGUAUCACUGGAGGAGCCAGAACGCAGUUCGCAGUGGCUCAAGACAUGCUUCGAGGAAGACCUAACUGGCGAGAUCACCCAAAUACAGCUGUGGUCGGCUUACAAUGCAGCCUUUUCCGAGGCUGUCAGCAGUAACACUGCGACACAUCGGGCUCUCAUGCCCGCGAAAGACUUCAUCACCAACGUUUCUACAACAUUCACUGGCGCAUCUGCUCAAGUGCUGACAGUCGGCGGCCAGCCGAAGUACACCAUCAGAGGCAUUCGACCACGAUCAGUGCCUGUAGACCCGCAUACGAAGAAGCCAUACAUGCGCUGCUGCUGGCACCCUCCCUCGCUCCUGAAUGGCCUCGCAGACACGAAGCACUCCACCCCGAAAAUCGAAUGCGGCGAAUUUGCCUCAGGCGCAAGAGCGAUGUGGGAGCACGUUGUUAGUGCCCAUCUCAAGGUUCCACGUGACCAGGAAACCGGUCAGUGGCUGCUCGAACCAAAGCCAGACAUCGAUAUGGAGAGCGACAACAUCAUGACAGCUGCGGAGCCGCCAAAGUACUCUUGCCAUUGGGGAGGCUGCACGCGCUUUCAGCCUGACGGCACCGAAUCCGCGUUCGAAGCUGGCCAGCAUAUCAAGACGCAUUUGCCAGAUACAAGCAUAAAGCAAGCCAUACACGCAAAGCACAAUCGCACCCCAUCGGAAUCGCGACCACUGACUAGCUCGGCCCAAGUCAGACACGAUAAUUUCCAGCCACAGUUCGGCCAGCCCGUCGGUUUGAGUAGCCUGGGCCUAGGUGGACGUCACAAUGGCUCUGAGAGGAAUCCAGAUCGGGGCAGGAGUGAGCGACAACAGCCUCCACAUCAACCAGCGCCCAACUUCCGAUACUACAAUACCGCCACUGACGAAGCCAACGACGCCGCCGGUUUACCCCUGUCGUCCGUCCUUGUCCUUCGAAAUCUAGCCCGUCAACUCAACAAAAUCCCACCUCCAUCAUCUGUUAUCGAGAUCGACCCACAAUCACCAAACCACAAGCGCACCUUCAGCGAAAGCAGCCCAGACCAACGAAGAACCGCCGGCGGCAAGAAGCCCCGACUCAGUGAUGCGGCGCACGAGCAAGCCAGGGCGAACGAAGAGCGGGAAGAGGAAGAAGCUAAGAGCACCGGAUGGGUUCCCCGGGUCUUCGCUCCCGUGAAGGAGCAACUAGCGUUCGUAGCCAGCCACAAUCUCACUCUCAGGAACUACAUGGGCGGAUUGUUGAAGGCGAUCGCCGAGGGCGGUGGCUAG